AUGUCGGACGUUGAUCAGUUAAUUGAUGAGCUCUUUCCUACAGGGAAAAAGGGUCUUGGCAUGGACGCCAAAAAAACUCGGGAGUUGGAAAAAGUAAGACCUUCACAUUCAGAUUGGGAUUCAAGUGAUGAUGAAGCAAUUGAAAAGGGUACAAAAGGGCGUGCAACGCAAUUUCCCGUUUCAGUAAGCAAAAACACUGAUUCCGUUUCAAAAAUAUCAUCCAAAAAUUAUUUUGAUGAUAGUGAUGAUAAUAACUCUGAAGGUAGUGUUGUAAAGUCUGGUUUUACCGUUCCAUUUCCUUUAUUCCCAAAUAAUAUCGGUAGGGAGUGUAAGGGAAGGUGUCUCGUAACAAACAUGGGAGCAAAAAAUAUUUUUCACCCUAGCAUUUCUCAGUUAUUGCUUGUUGCAGAAGGUAAAUAUAAUGCUCGAUCAACGCAAAAACAGUUGUUUGAACGUAAAGGGGCUUUUCAUGCAUAUAAUCCUGAAGUUGGUAAUGGGGCCUCUGAUAGAUAUUCUCACGAUGAUAAUAGUGGUGGUUGCCCAUUUAUUAUGUGCUGCAAGUGUAACUAUGCUGUAAUACGUCUUCAAGGGGCAGCAUGGCAAGAUCGAAAUGGAACAAUAGAUCUCUAUUUAACCGUUAGAAAUUAUUAUCCAGAUUGGAGCCGUUUAGCCAGUUCCUAUCCUGUUGGACAGAAAACAAAUGGAGUACAGAAUAGGGUAUUAUGUGCAAGUAGUAACUCUGCUGCAUAUUGCUGUCAAUGUUCCUGGCUUUCUGUGAAGAGUCCUAGGGAAAUGAUAGAAACUCUUUUGGUACAUCAUGCGGGAUUUGUAGGAAGAGAAGAUUCUUGCUGUUUUGCCACACAGUUGCCUCUAUUGCAGGGAGAGAAACGAAGACCACCUCUUUGGGUGUGUAGGGGACAUUUACCACAAUUUUAA